AAAAUUGGGUAUAUGACAGUACUGUAUAUAAAAUAUAACGUUACCACAAAUGUGUGGUUAACAGCAACGGGCAUUGCCUCUUUAAAAGUGAUGAGUGUUGUUUUGUAGGAAGCGGUCCCUUGGCGACGCUUCAAAGCUGCGGCUUCAACACGAAUUUCCGUGUAUUGUCCGAAUCGUGAUGAGGCAAAGGAAACGUGCGAUCUGGGGCUGAGCUCGAUAUAAAAAAGGCAGCGGCCUUGCCGAGCGGCUGUGUGUGACCGAGGCACCCGCCAGCCACAGCCAGCGACCCCGAUCGGCUCCCCGAGCAAAUGUCAGCCGCCAUCGAGAGGAAAUCGCUGGAGAAUGCGGAAGAGCCAGUGGAUGAGGUUCUACAGAUGCCACCUUCGUUGUUAACAUGUGGAGGUUGUCAGCAGAAUAUUGGCGAUCGUUACUUCCUGAAGGCCAUUGAUCAGUAUUGGCACGAAGACUGUCUCAGCUGUGACCUAUGCGGCUGCAGACUGGGAGAAGUGGGUAGGAGACUGUACUACAAACUCGGUAGAAAGCUUUGCCGCAGGGAUUAUCUCAGGUUAUUUGGUCAAGAUGGACUUUGUUCUGCCUGUGACAAGCGAAUCCGAGCCUAUGAGAUGACAAUGCGAGUAAAGGACAAGGUUUACCACCUGGAGUGUUUUAAAUGUGCUGCUUGUCAAAAGCAUUUCUGUGUGGGAGACCGAUACCUGCUCAUCAACACAGACAUCGUUUGUGAACAGGAUAUUUAUGAAUGGACUAAACUCAAUGGAAUGAUCUAGAAUCCCGAAAUGCUGAGUUUUGUAAGCACUGUGUAUAUGUGAAUUUAUGCUUUUGUAAGAGACUGUAAAUGUUAAGAACUUGUACAGAUAUUUUAUUAAUACAAGCUGUGAAUGUACACAUGAUUUACUGUGAGCGAUUAACUUUUACAGCUUCAUUAAAAAGAGUGAAAAUUGAAAUCUUAGUUGUCUAAAAAUAUGCUAUGUAAUUAAAUUAAAAAUGUCUU